UUGUGCCAUAUUUCGGGCAAGAGAGUGAUGUUAUGAUAAGACAAAGUGGAAAUAUUCUUGUAGGUCAAUGCAGGCCUGUUCAAAAGGUGUGUAAAGACAAUGGAGAUUGUCUGAACACCCAGUGCUGCAGAUGUCCACUCAUGCGCAAAGGCAAGAGGCAGAUUGAGCCUUGUGUAUGUCAGGACAAUGGGGUAAAUGGUGCACAAUGUAUCGUUGAGCACAAUGAUGCAGACUUACUAACGUUUGAAAAGUUUUGUCCGUGUUCGAAUGGCUUUACUUGUCACGGGAAUGGAAUGGUUGCAAUUCCAUUAGGAGAACAUGGUGAAUGCCAACCAACCGUCGAAGAAAAAACACCAUGUACCAGUCAGAAACAGUGCAAAACGGACGAGUGUUGCUUAUCUAUUCAUCGGCCCAUAGGCAAGAGAGGCAUUGAAGAAAGGCAGCCUCAGGCAUUCUGCGAGAAACGUGGAAUAUGUGAUGAAGGGACGUGCCAACCAAAGAGAAGAUUCAAGGGGGAAACGAAAUGCGAGGCUUUGAAAGGAAAGUAAUAGCCGAUAUCCGAGAUUGAAUUUAAGAAAAUAAAGCUGUUUAUUAAAAAUAAAUCUGUUUAUUAAAAGAACAAGACACAAUAACACACCAACGCAUAAAUUGAUGCAUUAAUCUUAAAACUAUAUA